UAGUCGAGCAUGACUAAGUUUAGUGACGUCAUUGAUUACGUAGCAGGCAAUGGGUUCUUUUAUGUAUUUCUGAUCUUGUUGGUGAACGGUUGCAACAUACCGGUAUCGAUGAUGCACACAAGCGCUGUAUUUAUAUCCAACACGCCGAAGUUCCGAUGUUAUAUUGAUGAAAUAGACAACCCAAGUCACACAUGGAACAAUAACGUUACCGGGAAUAACAUAGCUCAUAUGUUCCUACCAUGGAAAGAGGGCAAACAGUCGUACGAUUCGUGUCGCCGUAAAAUCUACAACUUGUCAAGUUGUGAUGAAGCAAACAUCGAAUGCGUUCGUGGGCUGGUGGCGACUAAUGCGACAUUCACAUCUGUAUCUUGUAAUGGGAGUUACCUGUUCGACCAUAGCGUGUUCAAAUCGACUACUGUAACUGAGUGGAACUUAGUGUGUGACCGUGCCACCCUGAAAACUAUCUCAACUUCCAUUUACUUUCUUGGUGUUUUCUUUGGUUCUGUAAUGGCGGGUGUACUGUCGGACAAAUUCGGCCGUGUAUUUAUAUUACGAGUGGCGUCCGUGGUUUCCGCGAUAAUCAUCGCACUCAACGGGAUAUCACCAAACGUCUAUGUUUUCUAUUUGUUACAAUUUCUAACUGGUGUUGUUUGCAUGGGUACAAUAAUGUCCAGCGUUGUAUACGCCAUUGAAAUAGCUAAGGAGAAACAUCGGUUGCUUGCCGGGAUUUUCUGCAACGUUAUGUUCGGUGUUGGAUGCGCGUUGUUUAGCGUGAUCGCUUAUUUUAUUCGGGAUUGGAGGAACAUAGAGUUCGCAGUUGCUCUUUUAUUUGUCCCGUGCAUACUUGAUGCGUUUAUAAUGGUAGAAUCACCAAGAUGGCUUUAUGGAAGAAACAGAACGGACGAAGCCAAAGAAAGUUGUAAACGUAUUGCUCGGAUGAACGGCGUUAAGUUUGAUGAUGGAAUUUGGGACAACUUGGAUGAUAAGCCAAAAAGUUCGGAGGAAUCUCACAACAGUCUGACUGAGAUAUUCGUUCGCCCUUACAGCCGGUUCCUCAUUUGCAGUGUAAUGUUUAUAUGGGCGGUUACAAGCCUCGUCUACUACGGCCUUAUUCUCAACGGCGGUUCGCUCGCUGGCGACAUCUUCUGGAACAACGCGCUGGGUGGAUUAGUUGAAGUAUUUGCCGACAUUACAUUUUACUUCAUGGUUUUGAAAGUUGGGGUUCGAAACUUGGUGGCAACGACUUUGUUCAUCGCUAGUUUUUCAUGCAUUGCUUCAACUGUUGUGGCACAGACGGGAUCAGGGAACACGGCCCUCGAAACCCUCGGCUUAAUCUUCGCAAUGAUUGGUCGUUUCGGAACCAGCGGUUCUUUCGCCAUGAUUUUCGUACAAUGCCCACAGCUAUUCCCAACUUCAGGAAGAACGACAGCUCUUGGCCUCUCCUCAAUGGCCGCGAGAAUCGGUUCAAUAUUAAGUCCUUUCACCAUCCAAGUACAAGAAGAUAUACCGUGGCUGUCUCCGGUUAUAUUCGGUAUCCUUGCCUUUUUCGCUGCUUCUCUCGCUCUUACAUUUCCCAGGACAUCCGGGAAGCCAUUAACCAUGAACUUCGACGAGGCGGAAAAAGUUUUUAAAAUUCAUUAUCAAAAAAAUGUUUUUCCUAGAAUUCCUUUUAUGAAGACGAAAAGAGUAACUGCCGAUACCGACUUAGAAGAAACAAAGAAAAUGGUUUCUGCUGAUUCACCAUCAACCGCAUACACUUCAGACUGUUGAAUACUAGAGUGAAAGCUCCAUACCACACCAGUUGUCGUGCUCUGCAGGAUUGUCAUAGUCGCAGGUUUGCUUAACUCAACUAAUAAAUAUGCAUGCCCUCACUAACAAAAAUUAAAUUUGCACAAAAUGAAAUAAAAAACAUUUGUCGACAAUUUUAAACAGAGUUGCAACGAAAGGAAGAGAAUUAGCAGCAAAACAGCAGUAGUAAAACACGUUACGGGUAAAAACUACUUAAAGGAAAAGUGUCAAAUAGAAGCGUGUCUGCUAAACUAAACAUACACCAAACUCACAGUGAGUUGUAGUUAAUUUAAACAAAUUUAAAAAAUGCUGAAUCACAAUACGCAUUUUUGCUGGUGCUAUUUAUUACCCUGCAGUACCAGCCUAUAAGUUUUACUAUUUUCGGACCCUGCAAUCCUUGAGUAUCGUAUUCCAACCAUAAACAGCUUUCUUUAUCCUCGACAAGGUCGUUUGAAUUGGAAGCCCUACCCCCGUGCCUGCCCCGGGUAAACAAUAGGAUAAUUAUCAGCAAACAAUGGCCUAAUUAUCGUCAAACAAUGGGCUUUGGUUACUAUGGAAGUGCCGGGAUCUGAAAGCGCUGGUGAAAGAGCACCGCGUCUCUGUUUUAUAAACUCAAUAGUACAGGCGUUUACUUGUCAGCGGCUUUUCUUGGGAACAAACGAAGGAAUAGAAGAAGCAACGCCAGCUACUGUGUAUACUUAGAUAGGCAAAGCAUUACAAGGUGUUCGACAUAUUAUUGGUGUCUUAACAAGUUUUUGGUCCAUUUUUUCGCUUAGAAAAGAGAAAAAAAGGUUAUGAAAGAACUUGUAGUGAACUUAUAUAUGGGCGAGCAACAC